CUUUGCAACUGCGCAAUUGUGAAACACAGCCGGAAUUUGGCCGUCAUAAGUCUUACCGCAGCAGCUCCGUCUUUGCAUCAUACAUCAUCCGUCUACCAUGGCCCAGUAUAGAGACCCAUAUUCUGACCAGCAGCGCGGCGGUUACAACCAGCAGUAUGGUGACGCCGCCUAUGAUAGCAGGCAACCACACCAGGCAUACGACCAAGGCGACUUUGAUCCACAAACAAUGGGAGAGUAUAGAGAUGACCCCAAUGCGAACCCACGAGUAUAUGCGCCAGCAGCACAGGGAGCGAUCCCUCAUGACCAAUCGAAGUUUCCGAAAAAAACUGGACGCCAACCUCGGGAUUUCAAGAGCUGGAGAUAUGGAAACACCGGUGGCCUAUGGACAAAGGGCAGCCGAGGUAGCUGCAUAGGGAGGUUCUGCUGUUGCACGUUGAUGGUCGUCGUCUUCUUCAUUGUCAGCAUACUACUUGCGUUAAUUAUGUGGGUCCGUCCUCCAGAUGCAGUUGUUGGCACCGUAGGAACAUCUACCAAUCAAAGUGCAGUUCAAACGGGGUCGGGAAGCAUCAUAGUCAACCUGGGCGUUGACAUUGCUGUUACCAACCCAAAUUACUUUUCCAUAUCUUUCACGUCCAUAGACGCAAAGGCAUAUUACCCCAUUAACAAUACUCUUGUCGGAACCGGCAAUCAGACUGGCAUCACAUUCAAUGCCAACUCACAAACCAACUUCACAUUCCCAUUUGCAGUUGAAUUCAGCACAAACAUGUCUUCAAGCACACAAAUCAUAUCUGAUCUCGCCACGAAAUGCGGUGUGAAUGGAGCAGUGCAAGAUAUCUCGCUCACCAUUGAUAUCACGCUUGGAUUACGCAUCCUAUCUUGGGUGGUUUAUCCGACGGUGAGCAUUCCCGCCAGUUUCACGUGUCCGAUAUCUGCUGCAGACAUCUCGAGUUUGCUUCCAUCCAUUACUUCACUAACUUGAUCCUGCUGGGCGAGAGUGCAGGGGCCGGGGAGCUCCUUUCGUAUCUCUUCUUGGACAUAGACAUGUACGAAAUAGCUACACACACUCUGCCAAUCUUGUAUGAGGGACAGUCGAUAUCUUAUUACUUGCUGGACAGCUUUCUCAGACACAUGAUCUAUCACUUUAUGUUAUAUCGCUCGUUCGACA